ACAUGUUAGCGCAAUGACUUUUGAGUAACAUCUAACUGGGACGAGGCUCCCGGCGUGAGGAGGACAGGGCCUUUUUCGGGAGGGGGGGAAAGGAGCACUUGCCAUCUGCCGGGGAACGAGAAGUAAGACGGCAAAAGAGUUCAGACCAGUCCAAGAAUCAGCGGUGGAAAAUCCAGUUUGGCCAUUUGAAUUGAAAGAUGAGCUUGUUGUCUGCCAUAGACACGAGUGCCUCCGUGUACCAGCCUGCGCAACUUCUCAACUGGGUCUAUCUCUCAUUGCAAGACCCCCACCAGACCAGCGCUUUUGACGCAUUCAGACCCGAACCCAACUCUUCCCACCCGGAUCUCAAUUUCACCAAGACUCCCUCAGCGGUGGACUUGAGCUCGUCCCUGAACUCCAAUUAUCUCAACAACUUCUUUCAGCUGCAGCGGAAUGAGGCCUUAAACAACAAUGUGUAUAAGAAUGUGUCACCCUAUGGCUCCCUGAACAACAUCGUGGAUGGACUCAACUCCCUGACGGACCAUUUCUCAGACCUUUCUCUUUCUUCAGAGCCAAGAAAACCAAACAAAAGACCCCCUCCCAACUACUUAUGCCACCUGUGCUUCAACAAGGGCCAUUACAUCAAAGACUGCCCUCAGGCCAGACCCAAAGGUGAAGGGCUGACACCCUACCAGGGAAAGAAGAGAUGCUUCGGAGAGUAUAAGUGCCCCAAGUGUAAGAGGAAGUGGAUGAGUGGCAACUCCUGGGCCAACAUGGGACAAGAGUGUAUCAAAUGCCACAUCAACGUCUAUCCACACAAACAGCGCCCUUUAGAGAAGCCGGAUGGCCUGGAUGUUUCUGACCAGAGUAAGGAGCACCCGCAACACCUGUGCGAGAAAUGUUUCCCUCAUCCCUGCCCUGCACACAACAUGGCAGCCUUUCCUCCUCACGUCUUCCCCUCUUCUCUUAGAAGACUCAAUGAUAGACAGUAGCUCUCAUCCUCUCUGUCCCUCUACUCAACCAUGCUUUUUCUUUUCAUUUUUUUUUCUCCAGUGACAGUAUUGAAGAUUACAUCCAGGAAUAAGAGGAAUAUAUUCAUUUAGGAUCAAUCUCUCCAAGUGCUCUUCAUCAAAAGCAAAAAUGUGCCAAAAUCAGUGACUUUUUUUGUGCCUCACGUAUCAGAAUCCACACAACCUCGUUGAUCCAACUCGAUGUUUAACAACAACAAAUCAUGCAUUGAUGAAUUAGUAUGUAUUUCAAUGGUGUCACUGACCUUAUUGGUCUCAAUACAUUACCUCACCUUGAGGUUUGUUGGCUUUGUGUUUACAGAGAUCAGCCUUCCAGUGAAGUGUGUAGUUUAUCCCGGGCCUCUCGUGAUGGUAUAAUGUAUACGAGGCCUUGGAUGUCUUGCCGUGUUCGGGUCAACAGCACAUCUUAUUAACUGUGAAUUAACUGAGGGACAAUGUGCCAUACAUCCCUAGCUUACAUUUGGCCUAUUUAUUUUCUUGUUUUCUCGUGUGCAAUUUGAGUUUUGUUGUUUGUUUGUAUAUCACAUUAUUGUGUAACUGCUUCCACGUGUCUUUAGAAACUACUGUAGGUUCAGUCGCUCCUCGUCUACAUUUAGUGAAUCGCUAACAGAAAAGGGUUUUUCACCCUUUCUAGAAUAUUUUUGCUGCCAUGCAAUUUAUCAAUUAUCUAUAGUGUUAGAUACGAAGAGAUGUUAAAGGGCAAAUUGUGUUCAUUUCCAAACACGUAAAGGUCAACUGAUAAGGAGCUGUAUGAAAACGCUAGUUUUGGUACCAAUAAUCUUGCCGUCUACACAGUUUCUCUCUAGUGAAUAUUACAUUUUUCAAAGCGCUUUAAAAAAGAAUUUCCUGCUUGCAACAUUUUGAUUAGCGUUGUCAAACAUGAUUAAACUGGUCACAUGUACGGCCUGACUAGAUUCAAACCACACAUUAGUAAAAUACAAAGAAGAUGCUGGUUGGAAAGAGACAUCUGAGUUCACAUUGGAGUGAGUGCCAGUUGAAGCCUGCAGCCUUAGUUGAGUCAGUGAAAUGGAAACUUUUCCAAGAGCUUGAACCCUUCAAAAACAACGUCCAGCAGCUGAUUGCCGAGUAAAGAGUGUCCAGAGGGAGGUGACGUUUAGGAGUGACCUUCAGAUCGGUUGAGAGAAACAAUAAGAUGAAACAUAGGAGGAUGGAUUUGUAAUGUGGUGAUGCUGAAGAUUCAAGGACGUAUUGAAAGUGACGAUUACUUAAGUUUACACUUAUACUAUUUUUGCCUACUAUUAUAAACCAAUGUCUUUAAAGGAAGAGAAGUUCACAUCCUGUUUACAUAUAUCACCGUGUGGUCGGAAGCAUUACAGCGGAAAUUAAUGUGGCUUUGACUUUUAGAGACAUGCCUUUCGAGGAACCGUGUGACUAUUUUAUACGUACUGUAUAUCUAGCCUUAUAAAAGCUGGUUGAUGAUAUUUUAUAUUGUAACAUACUGUGCCUUAACAAGAUCGAAAUCAUGCUGAAGUAUCAGAACAAUGGGAGGCCAUUUGAAAUUGGGGAAAGAUGUGCAGAUAGGGCGGUAAUGCAUGUGCUAACUGAUGCAUAGGAAGUUUAAUAAUGCAGAUUCAAGGUGUAACAAAGGACAAGAAAAUGAUCCAGUUCAUCUAUUAGCGUGUACUGGCGUGGUGAGCGCUCGCUCCAACACAGUUUGUGCUGAGUUGGAGGCGCAGGCUGAAAUAGCAUUUCCAGCUGGCAAAAACAAUCCUACUGUGGUCUGUUGUCAUGGAAUAUCCACAAUGAUGAUAUUUCUCAGUCGAUCCUCACAACAGAGCGGAGUCGCUCACGAAACUGUGGACCUCACUCUUUGUUAUUUUAAUCUAUUGUGUUUGUGUUCAUCCAAGGAAGCGUGGGUUUUGUAUUUUUUUUAAACAUGCCUUAGUGGGAAAGAUUGCAGAGGCAGAUGAUGGUACCUUACAGUUUGGGGACAUUUAGCUCAGUUCCAUCAGUCAAGUUAAAGUUAAAGGGGCACUCCAGUGAUUUAGUCCUGCAGUUCCACAAAGUUAUGAGGCUGGCCAAAAACACGAAAGAAUAGCAGAGGCUAAACUAUCCAAACUUGUAUUCCCUGUUGUGGCUCACACUCCAAAAUGCUGGAUUCUACCUUUCCCAUAAUGCACCUCAAUAGCAUCUUUCAGAAGACUUCCACUUACUGGUAAAAUGCCCCAAGCAGAGAUAACUGUGAUGACAUAACCAGGGUUAUUUACUCCUCCAGGGCUUCACAGUCCGAGAAGUUCUCCCUGUGACGAGGACACUGAACUUCAUGAGCAAAAUUCAUGGAGUGCCCCCUUAAAAGAAAGAAAGUGCGCAAGUACAGUACAAUGCGACAAAGACCGGUUCCGAGUGAAAGAUUCCCCUUUUAGUUGGGAACAAUCAAACCUAACAGGUCUGAAGCGUACUGUCCACAUCGUGCCAUGAGGCUGUAGGGAGAGGAAUAGAUACCAACGAUGCCUUAUGAACGAAGCUCAUAAACAAGGAACAAUGGCUUUGUGAUUCACAGAGUUCUGGCACCAGAGUGACUCAGCCCAGAGAUUUGUUAUGAGGAGGCCAUUUAAAGGCAAAUUAAGAGCCAAUGGAAGCAGUUAGUGGAAUAUAUUUGAAAAAAAACCUCUGCUUUCAGACAUCAUGUCUUGAAUGCAUAUACUUGACUUUUCUAGUACCUUUUCAGUUCAAAUUUGUUAUUUUCUAUAUUGAGAUGUGUAUUUUGGAACACUUAAUAGAUGUUGAAAAUUUUACAGCAAUCUGCAAAAACUCAAGAGUUAUUUCCCUGACAAAGAAAGACUGUUUUAUGUAUAUAUUUGAUGGCCAUCAUUAUGAUAGUAGCACUUUUAAAGUGUUAUGCAAUAUUGAAGUGUUUUUUUCAUGUGAUGGGCCUAUUGAUGAGAAAUAAACAAAGCUGGGAGUUUUUCUUUACUUUUAUGUAUUACAAUAAUCUGAGGGGUUAUCCUACAGAAAUAUUUAUGGAAAGAUUUUUUACAACACUUUUUGUAUAGAAUAUGCAACAAAGUUACACUAAGAAGGAAAUAUUGAUGUCUACAUAGAGUAUUAUAAAAAAGCUGGUACAUAAUUAAUACCCUUUAUCAAUUGUAAGCCAUUGUUUGUUUGUGUUUUGUUCUGAUGUUAUCAGUGUUGAAUAAGUCACAAUGUUAUUCAGUUGCUAUAUGUAACUAAUUAUGAGCUGCCAUUUACAUUCAUACAGUAUCAUGUAUUCAUUUUGUAAACAAUAUUAUGAAGAUAUAUAUUGUGUUAACAUGCAGACAUCUUUCUGAUUUAGUGACGGAUACUCACCACUGUAUAAGCACGUUGAACUGUGAGAAGUAGUUUGCUAAAAGCAGCAAUGACAAGAAACUAUUAUAAAAUGUUAGUGUUAUUCAUAGUUUAGGGAAUGUAUACUUGUCAAGAAAAGCAUGUGUGACAAAAAACUAUUUUAGAGUUUGCAUGUGCAUGUGUUUGGCUUGGAAUUAAAUAUUAUUUUGUGCAAUGUAUACUUAUUUAAAAAUGUGACAGUAGUUUGCUACAGUACAUAUUGUUUUUAACAUUAUCAGCAACUUCUGAUUGUUAUUAGUCUUGAAUUAUUUCAUUUAUCGCUCGUGUAGCCUCUAUGAAUAAUACAUAUUUACUGAAUGUAAUAUGUUAACACUUAUGUGGUCAAUUUGGAAAGUUAUGUUGGUUUUCUCUACUGUCUGUAUCACUUGACAUGUUUGUAUUGCAAUACCGUAAUAAUGUUUUACUUUGAAUUGGACAGAACACAGACGUGAGGUCGGAAAGACGAUGAUUUUGGGAAACAAGGACAGUCAUGGUUUCGAGAGGAGACCACAGGUCUGUUUCUUCAUGUCCAUGAAAUGGCAUUCCAAAAUGUGCCUUAUUUGUUAGUUCUGAAAACAUUUUAGUCCUGUCGAGAGUUUGAUGAAUAAAAGUCAUAUUGAAUUAGGA